GUCUGGACGACUACAUUUAAAUAGUGCAGAUUGCAUUAUUCCUGAUACUAUACUGCCAUGUCGCUUACUCUGAAACUCUCGUCUCUUGUUAUCCGUACGCUCUCAAAACCAAUUGCGAAUAAGAUCAAAGCUCAAGCCCGCGAACAUGAAAGGUUCCGACGACUAUGCGUCUCCAUGGCACAGGCAAUUCAUCGCAUUGACAUGCGAUUAAAGCUAGGCGUCCUACGAGAUACAGCAGCAAUCGAGGAAAAAGCUGCGAAAGAGGCGGCUGAAGCAGCAGCGCGGAAGCAUAGGUCAAAAGUUCCCACUGCCAAAACUGAGGUCGAAGUACAAGCAGAGAAAGAGGCGACGGAGGAGGCCAAGAAAAAGGCAAUUGAGGAAGUAAAAGCAAAGCCUUUACCGCGGAUACGACCGUUGUCCGAGUCCAAGGCUAUCGAUUCCGGUGCGAACUUCAUCAGCGAAACAUUCCUUUUCCUGGUUGCUGGCGGCUUGAUUGUUUUUGAGUCGUGGCGGUCCAGACGCAAGGAGACAAGUCGUCGAUCAGAUGUCCAAGAUCGGUUGGUCGAGUUGGAAGAAUCGGAGAAAGCGGCUCGAAGGGCGCUGGGAAUACUUGAGAAAGAGCUUCUAGAAAUCAAAGCUCAACAGGCGAAGAUUCCUGUGAAGCAGAUGAAGCGGAUUCUUCCUCAAGAAGUCUGGGAGGAUGAGGUCCAGGAAGUUGCUCCUAUACAGGAGGACCAAACCUGGCUGUCUAAAAUACGAUCUUAUUUCCCUUCUUCAACCAACACGACUCAGACUUCGCCAGCGAUACCCACACCCACGGAAGAAGAAACAACUGCUACAGCUAGUGACUCGCCACAUUCUAUAAUACCUAGUUUGCUGAAACCCGGUCAUACAAGCCCUUCACCGAAAGAUUCGUGAUUCUCCUUUACUCUUUCUAACAUGCAUUGUCGAGACAUCUACUUUAUGAUACCCGUGUAUACAUGAACAUCUAUUCUAUCAUUAUUGUAUACGUCGUUCUUGUCUAUAGACUUGUUGAGUGCUGUUUAUUUGGUGUGGCCUGGCGGAAGGCACGUGUAUAUACAGCAUUUCGGGCCUCAGGCGUUCUUGCCUUUCUUGACAUGUGGAUAAUUCUCCUCUCGGACACUCUCUCCAUCCCCUCUCCAUCUCCAUCCUCUCUUCUAUGUACAACUAUACCUCAUACUACGAACGCGGACAUAUCCAUGAAUGAGAAUUCA